GGAAGUGAUGCCGGACGCUGGGAAAGAGGCGCCUGAAUCAUAAUUAGGGAGCCGAGUUCGGGCUGGGAGUGAGGCGAAGAGUUUGAGGGCUGAAGCCACCAUGGGGGUAGCGAACGAUGCGGAUAAAACGCUGUUCAUCGGGAACCUGGACCUGAGAGUAACGGAGGAGCUUCUGUUCGAGUUGUUCCUGCAGGCUGGCCCACUCCUCGCCGUAAAAAUCCCCAAGGACAAGGAUGGAAAAUCGAAGCAGUUCGCCUUCGUCCAUUUUAAACACGUGGAGUCGGUCCAUUACGGGAAGGACUUGUUGAAUGGGAUACAACUGUACGGCAAGGCCAUCAAGAUCCAGUUCAGAUCAGGUAGUGUUCAUGAAUCUCGGGAAGGAAACCCCCAGUCUCAGAAUUCAGCUGCUUCUCACACUGCCUACAACUCUAACCAGUUCAGCAAUAAUCGGUUUGGUCGGGGAAUGGAUAAUACAGGUUCUCCAAUUUUUGCAACUCCACAGCCAGUACAGAGACAGUUUUCUUCGCCUGAUAGUCUUCAGAGGCAGGUCUUGAUCAACAAUAUGUGGCAGCAACAGGCCAGGGGAGGGCAGCAGAAUUAUAGUCCCUCAGUGCAGCAGCCAAAUAACAACAACCGAUCCACCCUGCAGCAAUCCUAUCGAGGAAUGCCUUCUAAUCAGCAAGCGACACCUCAGAAUUAUAGCACCCCUGUACAGCCGCAUUCAUCCAGCCCAAAUUCACGAAUGAUGCGGCAUUCAGAAAAAUCAUCAUUGGGUACCCACAGGCAGCAGGCGCAUUCAUCUUACCGAUCAGAUAACGGUCAUUUUACUCGAGAUACUCACUUCCAGGAUCAUAGUCCAGCUCGAGAUGCUCACUUUCAGGAUCACAGUCCAGACCAGUAUUAUAGGGGGAACCGUGAGCCUGAGUUCCAACAGGACCAAAGCGCGCACCACAACAGAAGUUGGGAAUAUGAUUACAGGAGGGAGCAGUCUCGAGGCAGCAGACGUCGAAAUUGGCAAUAAACUGUUAGAAUAUCAGAUUGGUGAAGAUUGGAAUUUGAGGAAAUGUUCCAUAAAAAUGAACUAAACUGGAACACUACUUGGUUUUAAAAUUUUAUAUACAUAAUUGUAAAUUUCUCUACAGGCAAGUUGGGAUACCUGCACAGAAGUUCCCUGUUUGUAGAACUUACAACACAGGAAGCCAUUUGUUUGACUGAUCCUGUUCCCUUCCCACUUGUAAACUUAUCCAACCCCCUCUUCAUGCUAAUCUUUGCCUCGGUAGCUACUGGUGGUAAAAACACCCCAGAUCUAAUGGUGCUCCUGGGAGAUGGAAUUAUCCAACUUCCCCAAUUAUUUCCUUUUAGUGACCCUUUUACCCUGUGCUCUGUAUGGGGAGUGAUUUGAACCAAAAUUGAAACUGCUAGUUCUGCAUUGUAAGAUGUAACAGUAAAGCAAAAAUAAGAUUAUUUUUAGAGAAAGUAUUAAAGCACGCAGCGGAGCAAAAAAUGUCAAACAUGAUUUUAUGUCCCAUUCAGACUGCAUGUGAAUCUGUUUGUAGUGAUCAUUCAGAUGCAAUACUUAUACUGAGUGCCAAAAUCCAUAUGAGCUCUGGAUUUUUAAAAAAAUUUGUUGUACAGACCAGUCUUGUACUAGAUCUCCUCCCCCCCCCCCCCCCCCCCCCCCCCCCCCGCCAUGGUAUCUUCUGUUGAUUGAUUCCUGGAGGUGGUGGCUAUUCUUGUUGAGCAAUGCUGCUCCAGACUCAUCAGAACUGUGAACAAUUGACUUAAUCAGGUGCUCAGCCUGCCUCUAAUGCAUACCUCAAUGUUAGCGCUCUUCCAAUCGGUGCUUGUUUUUUAUUUUAACUUUGGUAAGUCCAGAUGCAGCACAUUGAGCAGAAUGCUGCUCACCAGCAAGUGAGGGAUUACCCACACUGACCAGUGUUCUAUAACCAGCAUUGGGGGCUUCCAAAAAAAAGGUACUUAAACUGGAUUCCACUAUAUUUACAGGUACAUCUGGUAAACUGAUUUUAAAUUUAGUUUGUUCAAUGAACCAUGACCAGUGCUGUAAAAACAUUGCUUAAAAGAUUGGAUUUCUCUUCAUAUCUUCAGCCACACACACUGCUCAUCUCUUUUUUAAAAAAAGGAAGGCGAUUUAAGUUGGAAACAGAUGAGUAAGUUUAGGGUGGGAAGAGUUCCAGUAAAGCAACCGGAUGCAGUGAGGAAUUUCAAGAAUGAUGGGCAAUAAUUUUAAUCUGGGGGAGGUUGUGAAUGAGUGCGGUUUUCCAUUUGUUCAGUUUGGAAUAUAGAUGCAUAUAUUGUGUCAAACCAGUUCUUAUAACACACACAGCAAAUAUGUGGCUUCAGUCCCUUGCACUUCAUACUAAAGAAGAAGAAAGCAUGGUGCCCACUCAUUAGGUGGUUGAGUGCCUAUUUGCUAAAAGUUGUUGCUGUGCUCCUUCAAGUUGAUUAACUCGUUUUCCAGUUUGUACUUGUAUCCAAAAGAUAAGUGGAAGCAGUUUACCACAAUAUUACUGCCUUCGAGCAGUGUUGGCCUUCGUACUGGCAGUAUGGUUACUUUUUGGGAGUAGUUCACAUUGCAGGUACAUUCUAGUUACAAUAACUGUAUUGUAGAGUGCAGGUGUUUUCUGUUGAGUUACUGAUUUUUUAACCUUUAAACUUUCACAUUCUUUGUGUUAUUACAUCAAACCAAAUUUUAUUGCUUUUCCCCUUGGAAACUAACAUACCUAUUGUGUUUUUGUUCUGUACAUAUGUUGUUGCAUAUGAGGAAUAAUGUAUUCUCUGGUCUUCAGUUUACCAGCAAAAUAAAUGUAUUAACUAAAAGAAACAGUUAAGAUUUUUUUUGAAAAGAAACAAUUUGUACAGAUUUUUAAUGUGCUGUAACUUUCAUUUUUUUAAACCUGGAUUCAUGGAAAAAAAAACUAAUUUUUCCAGGAUAAUUGUAGCUACUUCACCCUUGUGUACUCUUGAUAAUUCAUUUUUAAAAUGUGUAUUUAUAAUUUGGUUUCUUUAAUUUAAAGUCUUAAUUUUACCUUUUUUUUCCCAAAGGUAUUUUGACUUUGUUCUCUGUUUUUUGAAAUGGGAAAGUUAACUGUUGCCAGCUAAGGAAGUGGAGUUAGUGGAAUUUUAAAUACUAGGAAAAAUUGCACUGCUGUCUAAAUUUUUGUGCUAUUUAGCUGUUGUACAGCUUCUAAUUUGUCUGUAAAUGUGCAAUAUUUUAAAAAUAUUUCAUAAUACUUUUUUGUAGGAAGACCUGCUUACUCUAUCGGUUCCUGAUAGCUUUGGCAUUUGCUCCACAAGCCAAUUUCUUAAUGAUAAAUGAACUAUCAUAUGAUUCUGUGUUAAUUGUUCAUAGACCAGGAAAAAGUGAUACUCAAUGUAUUUUCCCCUUAAGGUUAUGAGUUAUCUUCUAAUCCUAUCUGUGUCUGGGGAAAUGUUACCACUUUUUUUCUGGCUUCUCCCAUAUAAUGUUGUGAAGACUGUGCAACUACUUUUUAAAACCAGCAAUUUUGCAAAUAAAGUGUUUAUCCUCUUCA